AUGGCUAUCCGAGGACAUGAGUACUCAUUCCACGUUGACUCAAAGGAUGCCGAUGACGAAUCAGCCUCCGACAAGGAGAGUAGUGGCAGUCCUGUUCGUAAAAUAUCUAGUCGAAAAGACCAAGGGCAUGGUGACAUCGAGGAGAUUCUUCAUGGCCCCAUUGAUGUGGAACAUCCACGCUGGGAUGAAACCUUCAAAAAUGACAUUCACAAAUGGAUCGAAAGGCUUCAUGAAGAUUCAAGGGGAUUCGAAAUUGGCACUUUCAACUAUUCAAUACUUCCCACGCUGAUGAAAGAGCAGAGCGUUAAGUUUAUCCAACAGGCUUUAGAAGCCGUCUGCAAAGAUAGAAGCAUUGCUUUGGGCAUAAAAGCCCACCUGAUGGAUGACCUAAUGUUCAGAUAUCGAGAGUCUAUUGUACAUGUUGAUUUUCUUUUGAAAAUCGAACGCGAUGGUACCCCGAUGACUUUCAAUCACUAUCUCAAUGACAAUCUUCAAAACUGUCGACAAAAACGGGUGACCUCUACAGUUACCCCGAUGAUUGUCAGUUCCCUCCCAAAUGUGAAGGCAGCAGAUUAUCAUUUGGUGACUGGUCCGAUGGCACCUAUGAAUUUGCUCUCUGCAUCCUGGGUUAAUAGUCUUUCGAAUGAGAAACCGGCAGAAAUAGCAGGGGAGGACCCGGGAACUCAACAAAAGCGACGUCGACUUGGGAAGGAGAUUGAUGAUCUUGAAGCAGGAAAGAAGGUUCUUUCGUCUUAA